GUGUAAAACAAAUAGAGGACAUCCCUUUGUCUGUCACAAUGUCCCAUCUGCAGAGAGUUUUUAAAAUUGUUAUAACAUUUCUUGCCGUUUACAUUGUAUUUGAUAUAUACAUAAGGAUACACUAUUUGUCACUACCAGAUAUACACAAAGAAACUCUUCGGAAUACGAACACAGUUCGAGCUGAAACCUGCAUAGUACAAAAAUAUAUAACAACAAUCUGGGAAAGAAAUUCACGAUUGCGACAAAAGUGUAAGAUCACAAAACAAGUGCUUACACCCACUAACGUAACGUUUUAUAACUGGAAAAAUCUAAACUAUUGCAAGGUUCCAAAAUGUGGCAGUACAUUCUGGAUGCAAGUAUUUCUAGCUUUGAAUAAUGUUGAAAACAUCAAAGACGUGUUUGGCAAAAGGCGGUCACUGUAUCACAAUAAUGCUUUAAGUAAAAAAUCAACUAUGGAUCAUUUUUCAGGCAGUGACGUCAUCUUUCACGUGGCAAGGAAUCCGUAUUCACGUUUAUAUUCGGCAUACAUAGAUAAGAUAUAUCUACCGGGGUUCUGGGGAGUCGCUAGCGAAAUAAACAAGAGAAAUGGAAAGGCGUGUUCUCAAUCUCCCAGUUUUGAAGACUUUUUGAAAUUUAUCAUGAAAGAGAAUUUUCAGGACCCUCAUUGGCAACCCAUAUCGGAGAUAUGUGGCUCUUGCAACGUGCCGUAUAACGUUGUUAGUAAACAAGAGACGUUUAACAAUGACGUGCAAUUCAUACUUGACCAUCUGUCUAUUUCAAGGCGCUUAAAGAAGGAAUUCCUGACAAAUUUAAAGAAAAAACAUACGGAAAAUUCUAUCAAAGAAAUCACCAAAGUUAUGAUAGUAUAUGCUAAGGAAGCACCGUGCCUGACAUUUAUCCAAUUCUGUCAAAGAUUGUGGAAGUCUUUCAAAAUUCAAGGAUAUAUAUCAAAUUUGUUAUCAUUUCCUCUUAAAAAAUUCAGAACUUUGAACUUCACCAAUACCACUGCUAUUGUAAAGAUAUACAUCAAAGGUACUAAAAAAAUUCACAUGACUAGUAUGAUGAAAAGGCAUCAACGACAACAUUAUCUGGCAAAGGCGUACAAAGGUACCAGUAGCAAAACAAUAAAGGAUUUGAAGCGAAUGUACAAAGCUGAUUUUGAUCUCUAUGGUUAUUCAUAUGAACUACCGAAAGAACAUUGAAGAAACUUCAAGAAAACAUUUGCACACAAAUCACUGACAUUACAUUCUUAGAGCCACUUUUCACCAAUGUUAUAUUACCAGCUUCUCAUAUUUUAUCAUAUAUGAAACGAGUGAGGUGGGAUCGGACACCUACCGGUAUUAAUGUAGACAAAAGUACAUUAUAAUGAAAAUACAUUCAUUGUUUUAGAAUUUUCACAUCUUACGUUUUUUGACCCUAAAAAAAAAGUUCAUAAAGUUUUUGGAAAGGUAAAAUUUUUAAAGCCCCAGUGGGAUUCGAACUCAUUACUAAUACAUGUGGUAAACACUCUAUAGUUAACACUCUUACCCACUGCGCUAUGUUGUUAGGUAACAAAUUUGGGAAAGGAAAAAAAUUAAAAAUCAUAUUUGAUUUUAUUGUAUACUAGUAUUUCAACAGGAAGUACGUAACAUUAUGGAGGUGUAUCAUACCACCUUAAUGCACUGUGUUAUAAGUGAUUUAAAUAGCAUUUCUGGUGAUUAAAUACAUGGUACAAUGCACAUGCUUUUAAGACUGUGACAUAUGGCAAUGGUGAAUAUUUUUAUUGCAUACUACUUGAAAGAUAAACUUUCCAUCUUUAAUAUGAUGUGAAAAAACAAAGUGAUUUCAAAUGAUGAAAGGUGUCUUUUAAGCUUCCUUUUAUUGCACAUCAUUCCAACAACUGUACAAAACUUCUCAGCAAAGAAAACAAAUUUCAUGAUAAAUUUUCUGGCUCACAAAAUUUUAUAAUACAGUUAUUAUAUAUGAUAUUAGGGGGUUGCUCAACGUAAUGGCAAAAAUAAGGGGGAUUGUAUUCCCAAAUGUAACAGGAAAUGAGUGAUGCGUGUCAAUCCUAAAGAUUUGUCAAUGGAAAUCGUGCUUACACAAGUAGCCAACAGUUCUAAAUGAGUAAUUGUUUAAUGGUUUAAUAGAAGUUUAAGAUAGCUGAUUACCUGAAAGGUUACCUGGUAAUGGGUAGUGAAUUACGAAGUCAAGGUAAAGACAGAACAUAUGUCUGGUGAUAUACAUGUAGCUGCACCAAUCUUUGACCCUCAGUAUACAAAUGUACAUCGUAUAGCACGACUAGUUAAAAAAUGUAUAGCAUUAAAUUACGCCAACUUCUUUGAAGUUGUCUCAUUUAGAAGAAUUAUCAUGCUCUGUAUAAAACAGCUAUCAACUCAUUUAAAUUGUAGUGUUUCCUUAAGGCAAUGCCAAUAGCACCUUUUGUGUCCCACUGCAUCCCCUCCCAACGCUUUCAAAGUUCCGUUCCGUAUUUGUCGUUUCUUCGCGAAUUUACUCCUUUAUCGGUCGGGAAGUUCAUUGCGAGAAUGAUGUCCGUAUUACUUUCUUUUGAUUUAGUUGUAUCUCGAAGGCCGCCUACCCAGGUAACCUCCGAUUGGGCGGGGGUAUAGCGAUAUGACUCAUGAAAACCCCAACUUGUUUUUGUUUUCCUAUGAAUUAUUA